AUGACGCUCAAGGAUAUCAAAAAGCAGCUCCUCACUUUGUGCACGGUCCAGGCCGUCAAUCUUCACGGAGGUCGCUUCGCGAAGUGCGUGGAGAAGUGUGUCAAGAAAUUGUUUAGCCUCAAUAAACGCUUAGACGUCGUCAAGUUCGACAGGAGCAUUUGGAGCUACUACUUCCACGGAAGAACGGACUGGGAGCUCCGUGGUGUCGCCCGAGCAUUGCGUUCGCUCGGCGUCUACACCGUGACGCUCAUAGACGGCUUUGGUCAAACCAUAGUGAAAGUGCGCCACACGGGCAAGUUCGUGAGGUUCCGCGUGAACCCGCUCUGUAUCUGCUGCGCGUGGCUCGGCCGCAACCACGCCGCGGUCCUCGCCCUGGGACUCUACGUGCCGGACGAUUUGUACGAUUUGGCGGCGCGCGUCCGCGAGGACGCCGCUUUAGUCGCUUCGCAGUCCAAGCCGCAGGAGGCCGACUACGAGGCGUACAAGAACGCCGGUUUCUGCGUUGUAAGGGAGGGCGACGUCGGAGCUCUCCUCGACGCCGUGCAGCAGAAACUAGGUUCGGGCACCGUUCUGGCUGGCGUAGGCGACGCCGACGCCGCUGGUAGCCUGAUGGAGUUGUUACUACCCGACCUGGACGUGGCGGACCUCACGAACGACGGCGACGCCGGGCUCGUCAACUCGUACAUCACGCACGAGCGAAAUCUGGGGCGGUUCGCCGUGUACGACACGCGCUUCGAGGACGACCAGCGGAGGAAGAUGCUCUGGACGGCGCUCAACUUGUGCGGCGAGGGCGACUGCAUGGUCCGCGACGUCCUCAGCAGGACGACUCAACGCGACUCGGUUCGCUUCACGGCGAUCUCGGGCCGCAUCGACUCGGGCCGCAUCACGACCCUCGACCAGCUGUUCGCCGAGGUCGGCGCGAGCCGCGACCAGCGCCUGCACGUCAUCUACGCGCUGACGACCUACGUCAACGGCGUGUGGUGCGUCGACGGCACCCCCAAGCCGUUGCGGAUCCUCGCCACGGCCGAGCAGUACGCGCGGUCGUCGCUGACGCGGAACCGCGUGGCGGUGCGGCGCGCCGUCCUCGCUAGCAGCGCCGAUUCCAAGCUCGUCGAGGCGGUGUUCGAAGCCGCCUUCAGCACGGCGCGCGGCUACUACGGCGUCAAGGACGUCGCCGCGGCGCUCAUGGAAAUCUCGCAAGGUGCGACGAAGGUGCAUGUGCUCGAUCGCCGCGAGGCGGUGCUCAAGGACGUCGAUGAGGCGUUCGAUGAUGCGACGGCCGUUUUAGCUACGAGCGCUUUGGCGGAGAACUUCGGCGAGGCGGAGCUCCAGGGGUUGCUGGCCGAGGUCUACAAAGACAAGGCCUGGCUGGCGCUGACAAAUGAUAGUGUGUUCUUCCCGCCGUCCCGCGAGGAGGUCGACUGCCGGGGGGCGGAGGUAGCCUUCGCCGCCCUGAAGAAAAAAGCUGAUGACGUGAAAUCGCGCCUGGAGCUCUUCUACCGCCUGAUAUCACGUGCAGAGCAGGCUGUGUCGCACGCCGGCGAGGCUUCGCGGCGGGCCAUCGACGCUCUAGACAGAUUGGCUGCCGGCUCCUCCGUCCUGGACGCCGCCAUCGCGGCUGCUACGAGCCACAUCGACUCCAUUGAUGCGGCGGUGGUGGGUCGCGCGGCGUCGGCCUUUAAUUUAGCUGUGGAAGCGUGGAAGCAGAACAACGUCGAGGGCGUCACGGCGCAGAUCGAUGCCUUGAAAGCGGCGGUGGAUCCCGCGCUUGUCAUGGGAUUGCAGGGGUGCGCCGUCCGGUUGCACUCUGCGGUGGUAGAUGCGACGUGGGCGUCGCAGCAACGUGUGCCGGAGGUUACGCGCUCCACCCUCGAAGCGCUCUCUGCGCAUGGUUCAUUAUCGGCUUCGUUAAGGGACCACCUCAAGACAUUCUUCGACCAGUGCGCCGCCGAGACGGACCUGGACCGCUUCCUGGGCGUGUUGAAUGAAGAGCUCGCCGGCGGUCUGCGGUGGGGUACGCUACACGCCAUCGAGCGAGCGGCCGGCGUGGCGUCCACAGCAUUAGGUCGCGCGUCCAGUGUACGGCGCAUCGUCGACGGCGUGAUCGACCGGGUUAGGUAUUUCGAGAAGUCGUGUUUUGGCGGUCCCACUGCUUAUGUUGCACUGCAGACCCUCCUAGGCUCUGGCGACGCCGCCACGGAAGGGUCGCUGGAGCAACUCAUCGUCGAGGACCUAGACACGCUCUCACAUGCUUUGGUGCCCAUUGUACAGCAGGCCUUGCUCGCCGACGAGCCGUCGGUAGACGAAGUGCUAGAGACUUUUGAUAGAACGGUUGCGGAUGUUUGGAGAAAGCUAGGCGCCGCUGACACGCCGUCUGCACGCCGGCGUGCUCUAGUGAGCAGAGUGGCAGACAUCGCGAGGCGGCCCUAUGUAGCCGGAGAAACCGUGCGGCGCCACACCGACGCGUUACGCGCGGCUUUGAGUGGCGAUGCUACCGCCCAAGCUACCCUCGCGUCGGUUGAUGCACGAUGCGGUACUGCUACUGAUGCGGCGUCUGUCGAGCUCCGGGGGCGCCUCGUCGCCGCGCUGGGCGCGCUGGCCGGCGGCGCUGACGCCGUCGAGUCGCGGCUCGCCGCCGCGGAGGCGGCGGCAGACCGGGCGUGUCGGGACGUGUGGGCGCUCGUCGCUCGGCUUGCUCGCGUGGCGGACAUCGCGGCGCUGCCCGGCGCCGCUCGGGAAGCCGCGCUGCGCUACGCCGACGCGUUACGCGCGACUUUGAGUGGCGAUGCGGGCGCUGAAGCCCUCCUCGUGUCGGUUGUUGGACGAUGCGGUGCUGCUACUGAUGCGGCGUCCGACGAGCUCCGAGGGGCCCUCGUCGCCGCGCUGGACGCGUUGGCUCGCGGCGCGGAUGACGUCGAGUCGCGGCUCGCCGCCGCGGAGGCGGCCGCGGCCGCGGCGUGUCGGGACGUGGGGGCGCUCGGCUCUCAGCUCGAGCGCGUGGCGGGCAUUGCGAGGCGGCCCUACGUAGCCCGAGGAGCAGUGCGGCGCGAGGCCGACGCAUUACGCGUGGCUUUGAGGGGCGAUGCUGGCGCCUUAGCCGUCCUCGCGUCAGUUGUUGGGCGAUGCGAUUCUGCUACUGAUGCGGCGUCCGACGCGCUCCAAGGGGCCCUCGUCGCCGCGCUGGGCGCGCUGGCCCGCGGCGCGGAGGACGUCGAGUUGCGGCUCGCCGCCGCGGAGGCGGCCGCGGCCGCGGCGUGUCGGGACGUGGGGGCGCUCGGCGCUCAGCUCAAGCGCGCGGCGGACAUCGCGACGCUGCCCUACGUCGCUCAGAAAGCCGUGCGGCGCGACGCUGACGCGUUGCGCGUGGCUUUGAGGGAUGAUGCUGGCGCCCUAGCUGUCCUCCGGUCGGUCGUUGCACAAUGCGGUACUGCUACUCAUGCGGCGUCCGUCGCGCUCCGGGGGCCCCUUGGCGCCGUGCUGGGCGCGCUGGCCGGCGGCGCGGAGAACGUCGAGUCGCGGCUCGCCGCCGCGGAUGAGGCGUGUCGGGGCGCGCUAGCGCCAGUCGACCUGCUCGCUCGCGUGGCGUCGGCCUUAGACCGGGCCCGCGCGGCUUCCGGAGCGCGCACCGCUUUACCCGCGGAAUUUUCCGACCUUAGAAAUGACCUCAUCGCGGCUUCUGAUGCUGCAUCGACCACGGUUCCGACGCACGCCCUGGCUGCUCUGAGAGCGAUCGCCGCCAACGACGCGGCCGUGGCCGAGACGGAACUACUCGCAGCGGAGAGAGCGGUGGACUCGAAGCUACGCGCGGCGGCGGCGUUUUGGACGGCUGAGGCGAAGCGGCGCGCUGCGGCGGGGCCGGAGGUGUCCGCUCUCCUAGAGCCAGCCGCUUUCCUAGAGCAAGUGACGCGGGAGUACGGCGGCUGCGACAUUAAGGUCUGCCAGGUCGUCCGCUCGGCCGUCGAGGGGCUGGCCCAGAAGGACGCCGCCGUCGUGACGGGUCGGGGUUGGGUCGAACAUUUGGACGACGCCGGCUUCCGAGACCUGCCGAGGUCCGUCCUCUGCGUGUUCCGCGAGCUCGAGUCCGUCUGCCACGAGAAGGCGCGCCAGUGGGUGCCGGCCCUCGUAAGGAAGGCCACGGCGGCGCUCGCCUACCUCGACGCGCGCGAGGGCGGCGCGGACCCGCGCGCGGCCGAGGCCGCCGCCCAGGCCGUCGCGGAGGAGCUGCCGCGGUCGAACCGCGAGAUAGCACGGAACUCGCGCGUCGAGACGCCCGUCGAGGAGAAUCUUCGCUUGCUCAAGCGCGCGCUCGCCGAGGGCCUACGAAAGAAGGAGCCGAAGGCCGAUGGCACCGCCAAGGCGCAAGGAUGGGGGGAAAACCUGUCAAGGCCCGAGCGUCGCGAAGCGCUCCGGGCGUUGGGGAAGUCAUCGCCUGAGAUCCUCAAGGAGCUCGCGUGCCUGCAAAUGUGCAAACGGGCGUUCGGAACUGAGUUGAAACCGGGGUUUGGCCCGAGGCUCCGCGAGGCGGCCUUCUCGGUGCUCGAGGAAUUGGACGCCGCGGCCGCAAACGCGCUCGUGCGCCCGCCGGAGCUGAUACAGUCCGAGUCCGCGCCGGCGGUCGCCUCGAAGUCGGUUCGUAAAUCGAAGCGGCAGAGGGUCCUGCGCGACCCCAACGUCGACGCGCAGGGCUGA